UGUUGUUAAACAAUCAAAUGUAUCCCAAUCAAAACAUUGAGCAGUUCCUUUAAAACAUUGAACAGUUUUAUUUUUCUUUCAACAAAACAAACAGCUCAUAAAAUAAUGGCCGGUGAGGUAUUAGUGGAUGCGUUACCGUACAUCGAUCUUGGCUACGAUGAUCCCGGCGUUCGUGAAGCGGCUAUCGCAAUGGUGGAGGAAGAAUGUCGCCGAUAUCGGCCUACCAAAAACUAUCUGGAACAUUUGCCCGCCCUCAACACAACGGCGUUCGAGACCGAACUGAUGGCGGCAGAGUUUGAGCGCAUCCAAAACCGGCUCCCCAUGGAACCGCUGAGCAUGAAGCGGUACGAGCUUCCACCGCCCCCAGCGGGCAAGAUGAACGAGGUAUCGGCAUGGGGUGAAAGUGUGGACAAUUCGAUGGCACAGCUAGAGCAUCAGGCGGUGCGUGCCAUGAACCUCGAGCUGAUGGCUGAGUAUGGUUGCGAAAUGUGGAAAUCUUACCUGGAAACGUUGGUGACCAUGCAGGCCAAGUGUCAGGCCCGGUUGGCCGAGGUGAAGAAAGAGAUACAGGACGUAAACUGGGCCCGUAAAACGAAACAGACGCAGGGUGGCGAGAAGCUGCGCUCACUGGAAGCUCAGUGGGUAAUGUUGGUAUCGAAAAACUACGAAAUUGAGCAGGCUUGCGCCAAGCUGGAAGAACAGAUCUAUCAUAAGAAGAUACAGCUGAACGCGUUCGAAGGUGUGUCCGCAAAGGAGCGAUAGGCUGUGUAGUAGUGUGAGUCUUAAGUUUAAUAAAACAGUGUAUUUCAAAGCUAACACCUGCAACCUCCAUCAAAGUA